AUGGCUCCUUCGGCAGUCUCCCCGGAGCAGCGGGCCGUCGAUGCCGCCGUCCCCCAGCAGCAGCAGCAGGCCGACGGCGACUACGCCAUCCAGACACCCCAGGGCAACUUCACGGGCUACGACCACGUAACAUGGUGGGUCGGCAACGCCAAGCAGGCGGCGGCCUACUACACGCAGCUCUUCGGCUUCAAGGCGGUGGCGUACCGCGGGCUCGAGACGGGCAGCCGGUACUUUGCGUCGUACGUCGUGGCCAACAACGACGUGCGCUUCGUUUUCACGUCGCCGCUGCGGUCGGCCGAGCACCUGCCCGCCGACGAGGCCAUCACGCCGGCCGAGAAGAAGCUCCUCGUGGCGAUGCACGCGCACCUGGAGCGGCACGGCGACGCGGUCAAGGACGUGGCCUUCGAGGUGGACAACGUCGAGGGCGUGUACUUCAAGGCCGUCAAGGAGGGCGCGCUCGCCAUCCAGGACCCCCAGACGCUGACCGACUCGGAGCACGGGUCCGUCGUCACCGCCGUCAUCAACACGUACGGCGACACGACGCACACGCUCAUCAGCCGCGGCGACUACACGGGCCCUUUCCUCCCGGGGUUCCGCGAGGCCAAGAAGCCGACGGGCAGCGUCGCGCAGCCCGACGUGCGCCUCGCGCGCAUCGACCACUGCGUCGGCAACCAGGACUGGAACGAGAUGGACUCGGCCUGCGCCUUCUACGAGCAGGCCCUGUCCUUCCACCGCUUCUGGUCCGUCGACGACUCGCAGAUCUGCACCGAGUUCUCGGCCCUGAGCUCCAUCGUCAUGGCCUCGCCCAACAACCUCGUCAAGAUGCCCAUCAACGAGCCCGCCGCCGGCAAGAAGAAGUCGCAGAUCGAGGAGUACGUCAUCUUCAACUCGGGCCCGGGCGUCCAGCACAUUGCCCUCCUGACGCCCAACAUCAUCGACGCCGUGACGGCCCUGCGCGCCCGGGGGGUCGAGUUCAUCAACGUGCCCACCACCUACUACGACACCAUGCGCCAGCGCCUCAAGACGGAGAAGCGCAACUGGGAGCUCAAGGAGGACCUCGACACCAUCCAGCGCCUCAACAUCCUCAUCGACUACGACGAGGGCGGCUACCUCCUCCAGCUCUUCACCAAGCCCCUCAUGGACCGCCCCACCGUCUUCAUCGAGAUUAUCCAGCGCAACGAGUUUGAGGGCUUUGGCGCGGGUAACUUCAAGAGCCUCUUUGAGGCCAUUGAGCGCGAGCAGGCCGAGAGAGGAAACCUGUAA